GUACACCUUUCACAGGAGGGUCUCCAACUAACUAGGCCAACCUUUAUUUUCAAUCAAGAACGAACAUAGAAGUAGUAUAUAUAUGAACUAUUAAGCUCUAUAUCAUUACACAUUUAGCCAGUGUAGUGAAAAAGGAGCUAAUUUAGCUAAUAUCAAUAAUUAAGAGAAGAGAAGAAGAAAAAAAAAAAAAAAAAAAAAAAACCUAUUUUUGCCAAGGAGGAUGAAUCCCUUUGGUUCUCCAAUUACAGAUCAAACCUUGAAACAAAUGUCAAAGUAUAGAGGUAAAGAAAUAACACAAGAAGAUAGAGCGAGAGAGGCAAUGAGAUUGAUCCAUGCCGAGGACAAGAACAUUAGUGCUCUUGAAUAUGUCCUCGGUCUUAAGUCCGACUAUGGUAACGGAGUUUGCACAUUAUGCCUUGUGUAUAAUGGUACAGGGGAUACCCUUGAAGUUGUAGAGAAGAAGGAUUGGUUGGGUUAUGUCUAUAAGGAGAACCCACCCAAUUCCUUUCAAAACGGUCAGUGGCUCGCCUUCUUGCACGCCCACCCAACAGCACAGGCUUACGGCUCGGAAGCUGCACGGGUGUAUCGUGGUAAGAACAUCAAAGGAGAGGUUCGUGACUACAUGAUAGCUUGGUGCACCCCUUGGAGUACCACCCAAAACUCGGCUUAUACCGAGGUUCGUGAAGAAGGUCACUUUCCACAGUAUUGGGAUUAUAUCAAAUCUAGUCUGCUCGAAAGGGCUAAUAAAAUCACAGUAGACGACACGAGCGACAAAAAUUGUGCAUCAGCUGUGAGUAUUGGUGGCAUCACUUCACCCGAAUUCAUCGCAAUACUCAAGCACAAAUUUAGUCCAGAGCCAGCAAAAAAAUAAAAAAUAAGAUGGAAUUUAAAGAUCUUAUGUUAUCAAGUUUUUUCAUAUUUGUCUGUCUUAUAUUAAUGUAAUUUUUCUUUGAUCUUUGUCUGUUUUUAUGUAUUGUUUCUUAAUAAAUUCCAGCAGUAGUACGUAAUAAACAGAAACAAUUGUUGUGUUCCAGUGUGAAACUAAACUCUUUCUGUUAGAGUCUAUGUGAAUGUUGUUUUACAAAGAAUGUUAAAUCAUUCAUAGGAGGUCUAAUAAAGAUAAUGUUGUUGUGUUCUA